CCGAAACAAAGUGCUCCAACUAGGCUUCUCAAUACUGGUUACGGCAAUCCCACCACGAAGCGCCAUGGCCGAGCCAGCGGCGAAGCGGGCCGCCGAGUCGCCUGUCGCGUGGUACGACACACCUGUCGUCGUGCUCGUCCUGCAGUGUAUACCAGCGUUCACUGACGUCGCUUCGAUGCUCGAGGCGCUGCCGCCAAGUACCCGCACCAGGUCGGGCGCGGCGCUCCUAGCGCUGCAUCGCCAGCAUGGCAUUCCGGGUGGCCACCUCUGGCCGGUGCUUGAGCUCGACCAGAUCCCACACGCGCUUAUGGACCUCGCCGUGUCCGCGCUGCCAAUGGUGCCCACGCUACGCGUCUCAAGAGCGCAAGGUAACGAUAUCGUUGGCUCGGUCCAUGUGUCCUUGGCAGCCUCGGACCUCGUCCGUUCGCUCGUACUACGCUCCGACCACAUCUGCUCGCUGGCUACCUUUCUCGAGCGCUACGGACAUGCGGUCGUGCGCAUCACCUUGCACGUACGCGGCGACGCGGCGACUGGAGCGGUGGCCUCGGCUCUGCAGCACUGCACCGGACCACAUCAGAUGUCGCUCCACUUGUCGGUCGACGCCGCCGCAAGCAUGACGCCACUGCUUGCGGCCGUUGCAACGCAUGCGCUUGGCGCCUUGUCGCUUUGA